UGGAUACUGGAAGUGACGUGACACUGGUACGUGGUAUUACAGUCGCCAUCGCCCUUCGUCGUGCCAUCAGUCCUGUCGCAACGGCUUCAACAACCAUGUCGCUGCACAGCGAUGACAACGCCCUGGUGCCGGGCUCCGACUCGUUCUGGGAGCCGGGCAACUACAAACGCACCACCAAGCGCACUGAGGACGGCUACAAACUGUGCGACGACAUGAUGAAGCUGGUGCUGGAACGGGGCGAGAUCGAGAAGGCCUACGCCAAGAGCCUGCGCGCCUGGAGCAAAAAGUGGAAUGAACUCAUCGAAAAAGGUCCUGAGUAUGGUACGGCUGAAGCCGCUUGGAAGGCAGCACUGGUCGAGGCAGAUCGUAGAUGUGACUUGCACCUCAAGGUCAGGGACAACCUGAUGAAUGAGGUCCAUGUCAAGGUCAAGCAGUGGCAGAAGGAAAACUUCCACAAGCUGCGUCCAUCCUUGAUGUUGGUUCCCUCUAUGAUGCACUUUAAGGAGAAGAAGGAUCUCGACGAUGCUUUCCGGAAAGCCCAGAAGCCGUGGGCCAAACUACUGGACAAGGUGAACAAGGCGAAGGCGGACUACCACUCGGCCUGCAAGGCGGAGCGGACGGCACAGAACCAGGAGCGCAACGCCUCCUCCGACGCCAGCCUGUCGGCCGACGCGGUGAAAAAGCAGGCGGACCGGCUGCAGAAGGCCAAGGAGGAGGUGGCCAAGACCAAGGACCGCUACGAGAUAGCGCUGCGUGACAUCUCCGAGCAGAACAGCAAGUACAUCGAGGACAUGACGUACGUCUUCAACAAGUGUCAGGACCGCGAGGCGGAGCGGCUCGUCUUCUUCAAGGACACCAUGUUCAGCGUGCACAAGUGUCUCGACAUCGCCAACGACGCCACCCUGCCGCAGAUCUACCGCGAGUUCGAGCACACCGUCGCCAACGCCGACAAGGAGAAGGACCUGCGCUGGUGGAGCAACAACCACGGCGUCAACAUGCCGAUGAACUGGCCGGCUUUCGAGGAGUACGCGGAGGAAUUCCGCGAUAUCAGCGGCCGCAGCAGGAAGCCCCAGACGGGCGACGGCAGCAUCACGCUCAUCAACCAGCGGCCCGUCAGCGACGACCUACCUGAAUACAACGCGGCGGCCAAGGGCAACGCGAAGAAGCGUGCGGCGGCGCAGCCCGGAGGCGCAGCUUCCGCGGACGGUCGCCAGGCGGCGGAUGACGUCACGUCCCGCCGGACCUCGCAGCACAGUAACGGCCACGGGUACGAGGACGGCGGUCCGGAGGAGUGGGACGAGUACGCCACCGAGCUGGUGGACCAUGGCGAGCCGGGCGUGCCCGUGCGCGCCAUCUACGACUACGACGGCGUCGAGGCCGACGAGCUGAGCUUCAAGGCCGGCGACACGCUGGACAAGCUGGAAGACGAGGACGAGCAGGGCUGGUGCAAGGGACGCAAGGACGGCCGCGUCGGCCUCUACCCGGCUAACUACGUGCAGCCCGUCUAGGGGCUACGCGCUGUCGGGCCGCCGGCCGUCUGGAGCCGUCCCUGGCGUCCGUCAGCUGGACGCCGGCCGAACCAGGCGGCGGAGGUGGGAGCGCUGGGGCGCUACCGCGCUCUUCGGUGAUCUGCUGCCGACCGGUGCGCGCGCGGCGCGGCCGGCGGCAGGAGCGGGCGGAACGUGGCCCAGACUCGCGGCGGCCCCCUUGAUGUCGGUCUUCCUGACGGUGACUGCGGCGCUGGCAGGCCAGGACGGCUGGACAACCCCAUGCGGGCGGGUGCGAGGCUGGGUGCGGGCCUCGCACUGGACGGGCUCGGAGCGGGAGUCGCUGUCGACUGACGCCACGCCUCUCUGGACAGCCGACCGCACCUGGCCGGCGCGGCCAACUGCUCAUCUAUGCAAAUGUACAGCGAAGCCGCCAGGCGCCUCGCAGGACAGUGUCGUUACGUGCAAGCUGCGUGAACCGUGUUUACUAGGUCGUAUCCAAAGCGUGGACUGGCGCCGGAGCGCCUCGCUGGCGCCGCGUCACGCCGGGGCGACCUGGCGUGACGUCUGGGCGGAUCCGGCACUGGCGCCGGGCCAGGUAGCUUAUCGUGUCGUGGCUGCAGAGGGAUCCGGCUCCCUGUUAUCGCAAGUAACUGCGCAAACGCUGCGGUUUGAGGCGCGGAGGCACAGCUUGUUUGUAUGGACGGGAAAUGGUUGAGGACGCUCGUGCCGCGCGUUUGCUUCGACUUCCAGCGGAAUGAUGUGAUUGGAACAGACGCGUCAAACUAACGUUACGGAAUGAGGUGACGCCUGAACGUGCAUUUCAGUUGCCCGGAUGGCAUCUUGCCUAACCAGUGUCAUAUCUGUGAUCUGCCCUGUUCGCUCACUUGUAAUUGGCUUUGGACGUGCGCCCGUACGCCGUUGCCCAGUCAUCCCGUUGUUGUGGAUGCGGGCUGGGCGUCAGCCGUCGCAGACUGGUUUCGUUGCGGGCCGGCCCGUGUGUCCCGCUCGUGCGUUGCGUGUCCUUUUCAGUGUCCACACGCGGCCGAGCUCGACGCGCGCGGGUGAUACUCUGCUUCAUCACCGGAGCUGUGCGGGGUGGAGGCCAGAAUGCUCGUGGCCACUCAGUGUCAAAUGAUUGGUGCGAAGUGGACUCCGGACUGGAAAACCGGGAGGGCUUUGCCGCCCGAGAUGUGUGGGCUUUUGAUGGAGACACACAGCUUACUUGCCGGCUCUAUCCAAUCUGUGCGUUUUCUGCUGGUUAUUCGUCGUGACCACGGGUGAGUGAGGCGGUGAAAGAGCAUAAUACAAUGCGCAUAGAUCUGCA